AAUAGUUUGCAGUUGUGUUUGUUGAUUUUUGGGAUGUCUGCUUUCCACUUUAUAAGGGGAGAAGCCAAGCAAAUGCAGGAGGGACUUUUAGAGAGAUGGUUUUCUGCUUAGAUUAUAUAACAUUGGACGUACAGCGAGGAAGAUACUUGAGCAGUAAUAGACAGCUUGUGAACGCACAGGAGAGAAUUCUGCCGUGGUAUUUUUCACCUGGAAUCUUUUCUUUAAAAAUCCGUAAAUGCAGACCUGGACUUCUCAUUAAGAAACUUGACAGUACCUUAUUAUUAGAAGCGCAAACAAAUAGUCAUCAUCAUAAGGGGCACCAGUAAGUCUGCAUCUGACCUGAUAAGAACAAUGAACAUAACACGUGAGGAAACGGUAUUUGUGAAAUACCCUUCUACAACUUUCUCUCCUGCAAUCCCUAUACUGGUGGAAGUGUUAAUGUAAACCUUCAGGGAUUAACUCCCACAAGCAGUGUGCAGGGUAGAAGGGAACAGGACCCGUAUGUCAGUGGUCUAGGAUGGCCAGUGAAGGCUCCAACAUCCCAAGUCCUGUGGUCCGUCAGAUUGACAAGCAGUUUCUGAUUUGCAGCAUAUGCCUGGACCGUUACAAGAACCCCAAAGUACUUCCCUGCCUGCACACUUUCUGUGAGAGGUGCUUACAGAAUUACAUUCCAGCCCAUAGCUUAACCCUUUCUUGCCCCGUGUGCCGCCAGACCUCCAUUCUGCCAGAGAAAGGGGUUUCUGCACUCCAGAACAACUUCUUUAUCACCAACCUGAUGGAUGUCCUGCAACGAACGCCGGACAACAGCAUUGAGGAGUCCUCCAUCCUGGAGACUGUCACUGCUGUUGCUGCGGGCAAACCACUCUCCUGCCCCAAUCAUGAUGGAAAUGUGAUGGAGUUUUACUGCCAGUCCUGCGAGACAGCCAUGUGCCGGGAGUGUACGGAGGGAGAACACGCAGAGCAUCCCACGGUACCACUCAAGGAUGUGGUAGAGCAACACAAGGCUUCCCUCCAAGUCCAGUUGGAUGCUGUCAACAAAAGGCUUCCAGAGAUCGACUCAGCACUUCAUUUUAUAUCUGAAAUCAUACACCAGUUAACCAACCAAAAGGCUAGCAUUGUAGAUGACAUUCAUUCCACUUUUGAUGAACUCCAGAAGACUUUAAAUGUGCGAAAGAGUGUGCUGCUUAUGGAACUGGAAGUGAAUUAUGGCCUUAAACACAAAGUCCUCCAGACACAGCUGGAUACCUUACUUGAAGGACAAGAAAGCAUUAAAAGUUGCAGCAACUUUACAGCCCAAGCCCUCAACCAUGGCACUGAAACCGAAGUUCUGCUGGUGAAGAAGCAAAUGAGUGACAAGCUGAAUGAACUGGCCGAGCGGGACUUCCCACUGCAGCCCCGUGAAAACGAUCAGUUGGACUUCAUAGUGGAAACAGAAGGCUUGAAGAAGUCCAUUCACAAUCUGGGCACUAUUUUAACCACCAAUGCUGUUGCCUCUGAAACAGUGGCCACAGGUGAGGGACUGAGGCAGACAGUGAUCGGACAGCCCAUGUCCGUUACCAUCACAACCAAGGACAAAGAUGGGGAGCUCUGUAAAUCUGGGAACGCUUACCUCACCGCUGAACUGAGCACGCCUGAUGGGAGUGUAGCAGAUGGAGAAAUACUUGACAAUAAAAAUGGCACUUACGAAUUUUUGUAUACUGUUCAGAAAGAAGGGGACUUCACUUUGUCGCUGAGACUUUAUGAUCAACAUAUCAAGGGCAGCCCAUUCAAACUUAAAGUGGUCAGAUCAGCAGAUGUAUCCCCUACCACUGAAGGGGUUAAGAGGCGUGUUAAAUCUCCUGGCAGUGGUCAUGUGAAGCAGAAAGCUGUGAAAAGACCUGCAAGCAUGUACAGCACUGGCAAAAGAAAAGAGAAUCCCAUUGAAGAUGAUUUAAUCUUCAGAGUAGGCACCAAAGGAAGAAACAAAGGGGAAUUUACAAAUCUUCAAGGUGUAGCUGCAUCUACAAAUGGAAAAAUAUUAAUAGCAGACAGUAACAACCAAUGUGUGCAGAUAUUUUCCAACGAUGGUCAGUUCAAGAGCCGUUUUGGCAUACGAGGAAGAUCUCCUGGCCAGUUGCAGCGGCCAACAGGAGUGGCUGUGCAUCCCAGUGGUGACAUCAUUAUUGCAGAUUAUGAUAACAAAUGGGUUAGCAUAUUCUCAUCAGAUGGAAAAUUUAAGGCCAAAAUUGGGUCUGGAAAGCUCAUGGGCCCUAAAGGUGUUUCUGUGGAUCGUAAUGGACACAUCAUCGUAGUGGACAAUAAAGCGUGCUGUGUCUUCAUCUUCCAGCCCAACGGGAAGAUAGUCACCAGGUUCGGUAGUCGAGGAAAUGGUGACAAGCAGUUUGCAGGUACACUUGAUGGUCCUCAUUUUGCAGCUGUAAACAGCAACAAUGAAAUUAUUGUCACAGAUUUUCAUAAUCAUUCUGUCAAGGUAUUUAACCAGGAGGGAGAAUUCAUACUGAAGUUUGGAUCGAAUGGAGAAGGAAAUGGACAAUUUAAUGCACCGACUGGAGUAGCUGUAGAUUCUAAUGGAAAUAUUAUCGUAGCAGAUUGGGGCAACAGCCGAAUACAGGUUUUUGAUGGAAGUGGAUCAUUUUUAUCCUACAUUAACACCUCUGCUGACCCACUUUAUGGUCCCCAAGGUCUGGCCCUUACUUCAGAUGGCCAUGUUGUAGUUGCAGACUCUGGAAAUCACUGCUUCAAGGUCUAUCGAUACUUACAGUAGCAAUGAGCUCUGGAGCUGGAUAAUCAUCCACCCUUGAGAAAAGACUGGUCCUAGAGAUCCAAUGCAGGAUAUCUCCUACUUUUGAGUUAAUUUUUAAUGAUGAGUCUUUGAUGGACUUCUGUUAAUUUCCAAACUUACCUUGUUUACAUAGGACUCGCACCUCUUAGGUUUCUCACUGAACUUUUUGUUGUAAGGGUUAAUACGCAAAAUCCUCUUUAACUGAAUUCAUAAAGACAAUGGGAUAUUAAAUGCAAACUGCAACUUAUGGAACUGGAAUUAACUAAUUAGGCAAAAAUAAGAAAAAUUUGGGAAAAGUCCCCAAAGCUUUUUGAAGACUGCGAAGGGUAGCUCCUGCUCAGAGCUUCCAAUUUUGAAGUAUCUUUGUUAUGCAUUAUUUAACCCAGAGGUGAUCCUGGGAAUCUUCUAGAUCUCAUUAUCACGGUAGGUAUUACACUUUUAACAUUCUUCAGUCUUACUAUCUAUAACAAGUAGGUCCUUUUAGUAUAAGGUUAAGUCUCACAAAAUCCAUCUAGCUCUAACCGUCAGACCUAACACAGCUCAACAUUUAGCACUAUGAAAACCAAUGCAAAUUCCCUACUCAUGUGGGAUUAAUGAAGGAUUGUUUCAUGUGCUUGUUUUUCACUCUUCCUCUUGCUCAAUGUGCUGGAAGGACUUUGCAGAGACCUGACAUUUCUACAGCUCUGGAAAAAACUUAAUUGUAGUGAUACAUUAGUGAGAGCUGAAUUUCUGUAUAACGACAGACCUUUUGACACCAAACUAGUUCAUUAGGAUCAGGGUUAUUACAAUGUCAACUCAAUUAACCUCAUGUGUGCCACUCUUUCGUGUAUGUUCAUUGCCAUGUUUCCUUAAGGCAACUCAUUGUAUUAACCAAUAAAAUAAAAUGCAGCGUCACACAGGACAGAAAGCCAGAGAGGUACCCCUAUGGAGGACCUACAUUAUACAACCAAAGGAACUGUAGUAAACAGAGGUUGUAUAGGAAAACCAAGGGUUACCAAAGCUAUUUGUUUUUACAUGAGAAAAAUAUGUAACAAAUAAGAAUGAAUUUGAUGAAUUUGAACCAAUUCCUGAAGUCCUUCAUCAAAGGGAAUUUUGUUAGAGGACAAAAUAAGGACUGUGAGAUUUGUUCUGAUUUGUUUGUUUGUAUGUAUGUAUGUAUGACUGAUUGACAUGAAAAUAAAUAAAAGUUAAUGUAGGUUA